AAUUCACUAGACACAAGUUGUUUAAUCAUUGUGCCCUGCUUAACAAGAAUGUGCAUUAAAUUCAAUGUCUGGGUCAGAGUGCUUUAAUUUAUAUGGUGGAUCGAUUCCUUUAUGAGCUUUUCUGUCAUUCUGCUUCAACUCUUCACAGCAAAAAAUCACCUGGAUCUGCUCAAAUGCAUCUAAUUGAGGAUUGUAAUCUUCUCCUGCUGGAUCCAUGAGCCAGAUGAACAACCCUACACCCCUUCACUUCUACACAACUAAGGGGAAGAAUGUGUGUGUUCUCAUGCUACUGUGUGUUCCCCUCUCCAUGAUGGACAUCCCUGGUCCUUGCAAACAUGCCAUAACCAUGGACCACCUGCUUCAACUAAAACAACUGAUCAGUAACCAGUUGCGGACUGGCUGUUCAAUCACAUAUUCAUUCAUUGAAAGAAAACACCUGAGCGUGGUGUGUUAUGUGAAGGCUACUUUGCCAAGGGUGCUUGAACUGUUCAACGUCCACUUCAAAUAUGUGCGGGGCUCAGGAAGUGCUCAAGCAGUGGUCUCCAUACAGAACCUCAUUCUCAACAUCUACUCCCAACACUGCAUACCUUUACUGAAUGAAGAACUGGAGGAGGACCCUGUAGCAUUCGAGAGGCAGUACAAUGAGACUCCAGUCCAGGCACUUCAAAGAGUCGAGGAGGUUCUGUCCCUCUACUUGCACCUCAUCACAUCCACUAACACUCCUGUUAACUGGACCUGCGAGCAAGAGUACAACAUCAAUGUACCUCCUACUGAGACACCGCUAACCACUAGCACAGAGGUUGCGGUGGGAUUAUCCAGGCAAGCUCCUCAGGGGUCCUCCAGUGAUGAUUUCUACAGACUGGGCUUCAUUGUGGUCUCCAUCUGUGGAGGAUUUCUUUUCCUUCUCACUGCCUACUGCCUCCUAGAGAGAAAGAAGCUGCAACGCCAGCUUCACAGAACAAGAAUUUCAUCGGACUGGGGAUUACAAGUUGUCCAAAACUUUGAAAUCCAAGAGGAAGUAUACCAGACUGACCGACGGAAAGCGCUUGGCUCACACCUCUCCACUGCCUUCUAACUGAUUCUCGAGUGGA